AAGAAAUUUAACGGUCAGUUCGUCAGUCAGUUUGGAGUGGAACUUGUCAAAUCAAAUUUAAAUUCCUCGAUAUUACAGAAACAUUUGAUAACAAUUUAACUGAAAUCUAGUCCCUAAAAGACGUUAAAAAUGUCCCAGUUCAAAUACUGGAACGAUAUGAACAAUAUAUUAAGCCUGGAGGGCCCCAUAACGAAGGGACCCCAGCCCAGAUAUGAAAGGAAAAAGAACAGUAACGCUCUAUCAAAUAACAGCAGUCUGAAUUCCUCAAAGCAGAAAUCGUUAUCCUCGUCGUGCGUUAACUUAUCAUCCAAAACCCCGUCUAAGAACGGUGAUAGUGAUAGAUCUAGAAGUAAAACACCGACCCGAACACCCAGCCAUAAAGCGAAAACACCUAGAAAAACUCCCACUCCGAAUAAGGGUGCCAGGACGCCAGGCGGAGAUCGAUUUAUACCAUCUAGAGUGGCGAGCAAUCUCGAUCUGGCUCACUUCAAACUUUCCCAAGAGGAAAAUAAUGACACAGAAUCAAAUAGUGAACUUCAAAGGGUGAUAAACGAGAACAUUCAGGGAAACCAGAGGGUGCUUUCUUAUAUUAACAAAGCUCCGACGGCUCCCGAAGGUUUUCAGAACCCCAUGAGGGUGCUUUAUUCACAAAGCAGGACUCCGGCAUCUGUUAAAAGUAGUAGUCGGUAUAUUCCACAUGCACCUGACCGUAUUCUAGAUGCUCCCGAUAUUGUUGAUGACUUUUAUUUAAACUUGAUGGAUUGGGGAGCUAAUAAUAUUUUGGCUGCUGCUUUAGGAUCUCACGUAUAUUUAUGGAAUGCAGGUACAGGAAACAUUGACCAGCUACUAGAACUAGAAGGCAACGACUAUAUUUGCUCGCUAGCUUGGAUCCACGAAGGUGACUGCUUAGCAGUGGGAACCACACAUGGCACAGUGGAGCUGUGGGAUUGCGCUAGAAAAAAAAGACUGCGAAUUAUGAACGGGCAUUCCGCUAGAGUGGGAGCUUUAGCAUGGAACUCUUAUGUGGUGUCAAGCGGCUGCAGAAGCGGUCAAAUAAUACAUCAUGAUGUGCGACAGAGAGACCAUAUUGUUACCACUAUUUCAGCGCAUACCCGCGAAGUAUGCGGUUUAAAAUGGUCACCGGAUGGAAAAUAUUUGGCCAGUGGCGGUAACGAUAACGUCUUAAACGUUUGGGCCGCAGUGAACGAGGGACAUCACUCCGAAGGCGCGCCGCUGCACUCUUUCACGCAACACAACGCCGCCGUGAAAGCGUUGGCUUGGUGUCCGUGGCAGCCCCAUAUUCUUGCCAGUGGCGGCGGUACAGCGGACCGGCACAUUCGCAUUUGGAAUUGUAAUACCGGAGCCUGUGUGAAUUCUAUCGAUACAAAGUCACAGGUUUGCUCAGUUUUAUGGUCUCAGAACUACAAGGAACUCGUAUCCGGUCAUGGAUUUGCUAAUAAUGAAGUAAUAAUAUGGAAAUAUCCGGCAAUGACUAAGGUUGCCGAGUUAAGUGGUCACACAGCAAGAGUUCUGCACCUCGCCAUGUCGCCAGAUGGCACCACAAUCUUGUCCGCCGGUGCGGACGAGACCCUGAGACUAUGGAAAUGUUUCGUCAAAGACCCGGUGAAGAACAAGGAUAAGGAAAACGCGGUCCGGACAAAACCGAGCGCUUUGAGGCAAUGCAUUCGAUGAUUCGUGUUUCUUUUUUUUUAACUUAAUUUACCGUAUUACUUAGCGUAAUAGUUUGGCGUAAGAGUAUUGUUAGUUUUUACUGUUUAUAUUUAAUUAUUGACUGUGAGUAUUUUAGUCUACUCUAUAUUUUGUAUGUUUUUUUUAUAUAACGAUUAUAAUACUUAAUAAACGGCUAUUUAUGACAA